AAGGAGGCGGCGGCGCUGUCUCUUCCGGACUGACUCGGCUGCAGUGUGUCACCGGGACCUCUCGGACCGACCCAAGUGAGAGUCUCUACCCGGUUCGGACAUGGCCCCCAGCGCGCAACUAAAGGAGGCGAUAGCCGACGUGCACGAGGGGAUCCGGGCCAUCCUGCUCGGACCACCCGGCGCCGGGAAGGGGACUCAGGCCCCUCGGCUGGCGGAGCAGUACUGCGUUUGCCACCUGGCCACCGGAGACAUGCUGAGGGCCAUGGUGGCUUCGGGCUCUGCGCUCGGCAAGCGGAUCAAGGAGACCAUGGAUGCCGGCAAACUGGUCAGCGACGAGAUGGUCGUGGAGCUCAUAGAGAAGAACCUGGAAACGCCCCCCUGCAGAAAGGGUUUCCUAUUGGAUGGUUUCCCUCGGACAGUCAAACAAGCAGAAAUGCUGGACGACUUGCUGGACAAGAGACGCGAGCAGCUGGACUCUGUGGUCGAGUUCGCUGUUGAUGACUCCCUGCUGGUCCGCCGGAUCUGUGGCAGACUAAUUCAUCAGCCCAGUGGCCGCUCCUACCACGAGGAGUUCAACCCCCCCAAAGAGCCCAUGAAGGAUGACGUGACGGGCGAGCCGCUCAUCCGCCGCAGCGACGACAACGAGAGGACGCUGCACUCCCGCCUGGACUCCUACCACCGACAGACGGCCCCUCUGGUGCAGUACUACACGGCCAGGGGCAUUCAUACGGCCGUAGACGCCGCCCAGAGCCCUAACGUCGUCUUCGCCUCCAUUGUGGCCGCCUUCACCGCCGCCACGGAAGUCCCAGCCCGCGCCACCGCCUCUGGUUGAGUUCCAGAGCUGCUCCAUAUCGACCAAGGCGACGGAUUGGAGCUGGCAGAAGUCUGGUGGAAAGACGGAGGUAGAGAGUGUCAGACUGACCGAAGAAGGAUUUCUUAAACUUCACGAGUAAAGGAUCACUUUACUCUAGUUGUCAGCACUUGUCUAAUCCCCCAGUAGAUUUGAGCAGUCAUCUUCCUGUCAAACUCCUCCUGUUACCUCUUCGAAUAAAUCAGAUUUUCUACAUCA